ACAAGCGUAAUACAAUUUCAACACGUAUAAUCGAGAAAAUACUCUUCAGGUUGUUAUUGUAAUCCUAAAAAAUGCGCCCGUUCGUCGUUCGGAGCUCCCCGGUGUUCCCACUGUCUAGACUGCUUACUCUCAGUCAGCGAUCGGCUAGUUCUCAAUCCCACUCACAGCAUCAAGAGCAAAAUCAACAUUCACCUUCAAUAGACCGAGAAAGCGUGACAACGGCCAAAGGCCAAGGGAAGAAAAAGACCAUGGCAGAAAUAGAUGCUGAAUUGCAGCGGAAGAUGUCGGGACUUUCCGGCGACGGUGGAGAGGCUGGAAUAGAAUACGAGAACGGGAAGCCGGUGGCGAUGAAACGAGGCGUAAGAGAUAAUAUGUUUCGAUACAUAUAAGCAUAGUAUCUAGGUACCUAUACACGCAAAUACGUUGAGACGAGGUUAGGUACCUAACUCAAGAUCAUAUAUCAACUCUUGAGAAGUCUAGAGAAGCCUCAAAGUGUCAAUGAAAUUACAUCAUUCCAUUUCCAACAAUCAAACUUUCAAGAUAAUAUAUGCGUCAAGGGGACAAUACAACACUUUAGGUCCUCAGGCAAAGAGCUAUAUACGGGGGAGCGCUAUAAUCCAGGACGAAGUCCGUUUUUAAACGGACUUCGUCCUGGAUUAUGUAGA